AUGUCUCCAUCAUUGGAUCGAUUGCCUGGUCUCCCCGAUGACCCGCUCUUCGAAAGGCUCCUAUAUAACGCGCAAAAUAUCCAUUCUGUGUUGAUUCGGGACACAGCUGCUGGCAUUGAAGCUACACCCGCCCAAUUUCUUCGCGAUAUAAUCUUCUUUCAGGAUCGUAUCAACAUCCAGUUGGCCACGAAUGGUGUCAGCGCCCACGAUGUGGCGGGACAUGGUGAUAUCUAUAUUUGCAUUCUCGCCCCUCUCAGCUAUGAGUUUCUCGUCGCCUUCUAUGCCGUGAUUGCACUGGGUGGUGUAGCAGUGCCCCUAUCUACAAGUAUCCUCCCUGAAGAAGGUGCGUGGAUUCUGAACAAGUGCCGCGCAACUUGCUUGCUUGUGGGAACCAAUCAAGGGGAUCUCGCCUCUCAAAUCCGUUCCGAGCAACAACCUGGUCUCGACAUCCCUAUCGAAUUGGCAUUGGGCCAUAACUCCCCCGCCCUUUCGUCAACGGCUACCAGAGAAAGCUUUAACCCUAAUGGGCCUGGACUCGUGCUCUUCACCUCGGGGACCACAGGUCCUCCGAAAGGCGUCGUGCUUCCUCGAUGCUUCUUCUUUCCCAAUGUCGAACUGGACUGCACGUCUCAUGAUAUCGCGUUGGUCUACAGACCUGUCAAUGGUCUCUCCGGCAUUCUCAAUCUCAUGGAUCUGAUAUAUGCCGGGGCCUGUGCAGAGCUUUUCCCUGGCGGCAUUCAACCAGCUAUCAUCUGGGAGCGACUACGUCAAGGAGGCGUGACCGUGUUAGCAGGUGCCACGCGCUUCUGGCAGUUGUUGAUGUUACACUACGAGGAAAACCUCAGCAGGCUCCCUUCAUCCGAUCUGCAGGAGUAUCGCGACGGGGCACAUAACUUGAGGGUUGCGUGGUUCGGGGGAGGUCUCCCAUCGCCGGUCGCGCGACGAUUCUGGCUGCGACUUCGCACUGGGAAGUCCUGGAUCGUGAAGUAUGGGUCAUCGGAGACAGGACGCGAAGCAUUUUCGUUUCGUUUUCGGAAGGAGGAAGAGAUUGCCCAGCCUGUCAUCGGCACUCCUCUGCCAGGUGUCACGGCGAAGUUGACCGAGGGGGAUCAUGGGGAGCUCUUGCUUAAGAGUCCCACCAUGAUGAUCGGGUAUCUUGAUGAUGAACAACGUACGCGCGAAACUUUCGACAAUGAGGGAUACUAUAAGACUGGUGAUCUUGUCCACCGUGAAUCCAGCGGCUUAUGGAUUAUUGAUGGACGAGCGACCGUGGAUUUUGUUCGGUUCAAUGGCCUUCGCGUCUCGGUUAAUGAAGUUGAGUCUCACGUCUGCGAACUACCCUACAUCGGCGAGGCGUACGUGCUCUGUAUUCCAGACCUGCAGUACGGUCAGCGGGUUGGCUGCUUGGUCCGUCGCCGGAAUAAAACUGGGGACAUGGAUUCGCGAGAAAUUUCCCUGGAGCAACUUCGAAGAGAUCUUUCCGACGCCUUGUCGGUGUACAAAUUACCCUCCAUUCUGAAGGUGCUCGAGCCACAUGCCAAACUCCCCACUAGUCCCCAAGGCAAGCUGGCGCGCAGUCAAGCGAUCAAGAUGUAUUUUUUGGAGGAUACCCAGUCUUCAUGUAUGGAGGUGUGGCCAUUGGAUGCGGAGGACCUAAGGCCAAAGAAGGCGUGGGAUUGGGGUGGUGUCGCGGCAUAA